CUGUCAGCUGUCACCUAUCGCAGAUCAUAUUCCAACGCUAUCUCUCCAAGCUGAAAACCCCGCUCCUUCAAACAAUCUGCUCAGUUCUGCCAUCGCACGCCAGCAGUAUAAAUGCAAGCGUACAUACGCACCCCCGUUGUCGCUCGUUUCCCAAACUUCAAUUCAAUCGCCCAAUUCUCACACGCCUUCUCCGACGCCAAGCUCUAAUCGUUCCCCCCUGGUUUCCUUCAUGAUUCCCUCUUUCACCGCGGGCGUUCCCGCCUUUCAAAGCACCAAUGACGCGUGUGCGGUCGCCUGUGGUAAUCCGAGCCCAAUGGGAAGUCGUCAUUCGCUCCGCCGUCCUCGGACUAAUUUGCGCCGUAACAUUUGUCGCUAUUUUUGUUGGUGUUGUUCCUUGACGUUUUGUGCGCCGUGCAGUUAUGGCCGCAUCAGAACCUUGCCUCUGGUGAUUCGGUCCACUGCCAUGUAUUUUAUUUUGCGAUUUUUUAUCUUCUGCAUGAUCAUUUUUCCGAAGCGAGCUGUGACUCACUUCAUUAGUUCAUUCGUUAUCUCCAUGUGGUACCUGCCGCAUUUUCCAACGCUCUUUUUACUUGCAUAUUUUCUGUCUCAAAUUUAUGGCUGCUAGUCAAUCCUCACUCAAAAUACCUGUAUGCAUUAGAUAUCAUUGUUGUACUGCGAUACUCAUUCUUGACUACGAGCCGUCCUGCGAUGAAGGGCACUCGUACCCCAAAUUAAAUAGCAACCCAG